AGCGAUCGAUUCGGCGGAUGAAUCGGCGAGACGACGAAUUACCUGCUUCUCGAGAGGUGGAAGAGGAGGAGAAAGCGAACAAAGAACGAAACAGCGAGAGGCGGAGUACGGAGUAAGGUGGAGGUGCUGGUCGACGGUCGAAGGUUCGAUCGGUGGCAGACGCGCAGCAGGAUGCUGUGAUAUGGCGUGCAACAUCGUGGUCGAGUGGCUGCGCUCGCUGCAGCUGCAGCAGUACGCCGACAGCUUCCUCGACAACGGCUACGACGACCUCGAAAUAUGCAAGCAGGUCGGCGACCCCGACCUCGACGCCAUCGGCGUCCUCAACCAGCAGCACCGCCAGGUCCUUCUGCAGUCGGUGCGUUCUCUGCGCGAGGAAGGAGCGGCAUCCGUUUACUUCACCCUGGAGCCAAAGGAUGAGGACCUCGUCUCUCCGGAUGAGCCGACUUCGCCUUUGGGAGGGCCCAGUGUGGAGCGAUCCUUUGUAGACGAAUACGAGGAAGGAAAGGCCGAACUGGUCCGCAUUCCCAAACUGCAGCUCAAACUGCUGCUGAAGGAAAAGCUAGCCCAGGAUGGAGUCAAACUCAGUUACCAGCCCUACUCCACUGCUAACGGCGAACGGGGUUACUUGGAAGGUCUAGCAUCGAGGUACGCGGACCGCUUCAACACUCACUACCAAGACGUGCUGGAGCACCUGGAGGAGCUGCGGAAGUACGAGUGGGAGGACCUGUCGCCCAGGAUGCGGAUGGGCCAGUCUGGCGCCUCGACUCCGGGCACGCCACCCUUCCCUGGGCCGCUAAUGUUUGGGCCGUCGGCCUCGAGUGGACUGUACGCACCGGGCAAAUACUCGACAUCUGGUGUGCAGCCCUCAAGCUGCCUCAGUGACAAAGAGGAAGACGAGAUCUACGGGUUUGGCUACGGCGUCUUCGGCAGGCAGAUGCUGCAGCGGCAACAGCAGCUUGCCCAGCAGAGGGCCCAGCACCCAACUGCGCCCAUUUAUCAAAGUUGUCUCAGCCCCAGAUCAGCCUACUUCUACGAAUUUCCUCCUGGAGAUAAUCCAGCAUGCUCGAAAAAGAAAACCACCUUCUCGCGCUUGCUGCGCACCCUUCGUCCGCACCGCAAGGACAAGCACAGCCAGAUGUCGCCGACCAACAGGCAGCACCCGCGGUCAAUUAUGCCGCCACAAUGCAACUCAAUUCCCCCUCCCCCGGCCGUGAAUGUGGCCAGCAGGGUUAGCACACCGGACGAUUCUGUGCCCGCAGACUAUGAGCACAUCCGCUUAAUCCAGAUGAACAGGCCGCAGGCGCAGGUCAGCUUCGAGGAAACGAUCCAAAGAUUAAAAAUGCAAGAUGCAUUAAAAAAGAAGGAACGCUUCGACAAAGAGCACGAACAGAUCUUGCGUGACAUCCGCCAUGGUAUGAGGCAGAUCGGUCUGGAAUCAACGCCGAGCGCUCCAUCGAUUCCUCACUAUCCCCAGUCGGCGUCGGACGACACUUACAUGUACGACGAUGACAUCCAACAGCAGCAGCAGCUUCAGCAGCAGGUGACGGAUAGGGUGCAGCGUCGACUGCAUUGGUACGACGAGCCACCCUAUGAGUCAGACCCUGAGGACUUUCUCAUGGGUGGUUUGGCCGUGAGCCGAGCUGUCUUUCAAAAUGGCAGAGUGUGCUUCACUCUGAACACAAAGCAAGAGCCGCGCGGCGAAGGAGUGAUUUCGCUGCGCAGCGCCGGCGACAUAUCAGUACCAAAGGAACGACGCGGAGCGAGGCCAAAGAGAAACCACAACCGCGAGAGCGGCGACUACGCCGGCAGCGACAUCCACAGCGUCGGCUCGAGGCUGUCCGCCAUCUCGGUCGAGACGAAUCGGUCCGAGCACGAGGGCAAGGUGGCCGCCCGCACCGCAAUUCCGCCGAGGUUGGAGCUAAUCCAGGAUUGUGUUCCGCAGACCCGGAGCCACUCGAGCGAGGACGCGCAGUCGCCCAAUGGCCCCUCGGACUGUGAGGAUGGCGGAAAGCCUGGCAGGAGCAUGAGGCACGACAAAAAGAGGCUGCGAGCCAGCGAAGCCACGGACAAAGAGAACCGAUCAGUCAACGGAGAGCACCAAAGACACCAUAACCGAUCAAAAAAUUUACCCGACUACCCGCAAACCAUCGGGAAAGCCAGAGCCAUUGCGGACAGCACUCGCAGCCCGGACAUCAAAGACCCGCUGCGCUUCAAGAAGGACGACAUCAUUGAUGUCAUCUCCAUGAACGUGAGCGGCAACUGGAAAGGAUACGCACACGGGCGGAUUGGCACCUUCAAGUACGCUGACAUCGAGCUGAUCAGCGUCAAGCCGGGGCUGAUUGGACCGGCACUGGCCACCAAGCAGCCAUCGGCUCGCGGUGGCAAGAGUGGCAAACCGCGGAACGUGGAGGAACUGCUGCGCAAAGUCAACAUGGAGACUUUCACUCCGCACUUUGUGAUGAACGGCUAUGAUGACCUGGAGACCUUCAAAGAGCUGGCCGAAUCCGACUUGAUAUUCCUUGGGUUCAAGAGCGCUGAGCAUAGGGCCAAAAUCAUGGCUGCAGUCAAAAUCUUGUUGGACUAUGAGACUCCCUCUGAGUCUGGUGAUGAAGCGUCAAGCUCAGACAGCUCAGCUCGGCACUCGCAGUGCGGCAAGGUGCCGUUCAAGCGGCUGGACAUGGGCAGGGACUCGGGCUGCUACGCGUCAAGCAACGAGCAGGCGUCGUCGGCGGGUCCGUCGAGUGACAGGUCAGGCGAGGCGACGGCCGCCAUCGAGCAGCACAAGCCAAGCAGCGCGACGGCCAGUCCGCGGUGCCGCUCAGCCAGCGCGGCCGUGGCCUCUGCGCUGGCGGCCGCCUCGGCGUCCGCCUCCCAGUCGAAGCAUCCUCAGCAGCAGACAGUUCCUAGGACGCCGAGCAUCGACUUUCGUGCUGAGUACGACAAAAUCAAAGGAAAGUUAGAGGCCUCGCUGACCAAGGCCCCGCUGUCGGCCGACGCCCAGAAAAUGGAAACGGCUGCCGCGGCCGCCCGCUGCCUCAGCGAGAAGAGCAGCGAUUCUGGCAUCAGCUCUAGCUCGCGCUCCCCGCCCCCCGCGGCUCAGGCCCAGGCGGCCCUCAGCCCCACAACGAAGCAGGAAAUUCCAGAAGCUUAGACAUAUCUUAGAGAGAAACUCCCCCAAAUUCCAAGUUUCUAAAUACUCUGGAACGUGAUGCAGAGUGAUGGCUGACAUAAUUUCUCUUAUUUUUAGAACCUUAAAAAACUAUUUUCUAAUAAUUUAUUUAUGUAAACAAAAUUGUUUUUUAUUCUUAAUUUUAGAGUUUCAUAUGCUUAUAAUUUCUCUUAAAGAGUUUAAUCAUACGGCUUUUUGUCUGCUUUCAUGCCAAAAUCGAAAGUAGUGUUAUUUCUAGCCCAUCACUCUGGCAGAAACUCGAAUAAACUUGAUUGCUCGGUGCUUAACUCUUGGACAUCAAUAUUUACGAUAGCCUAUUCAACUCAAAUCUUACUGGAACACACGAACUCGCAGCUGAUGUUUAUACUGGAAUUUUUUACAGACUACAUCCUGAGUUGUUGUCAAUUAAUUUGCAGUGGGAGAAUAUUUUUACAGUGAUUCUUACAAACGUUGUUGCUAUGUCCAAACAGAGUACGCGAGUCAAUCUAAUUAUUAAUACACCUACGUUGGCCCAAAGUAGCAGCCUUUGAGAUAAUGUUACAUGUGUUUAGGUGGAUGUGAGUCAUCUUUAUUAGGAGAGCCACCGUUUUUUAGACAAACACCGCGGAUCGACUAUCGAAUUUUUAAACUCCUAAGAUGGGAAAUUUAGUCUUCCGUUUCAGACGUUUUCAGGCGCGUUUUUCUGCCAAAAUUUUAUAUUCUUUAGUUCAUGGAAUUUAUACUUAGGUUAGAGCUCAAAAUCAUAGUCAUCUUUCAGCUCAAAUCAUUCCCCGCCUCGCUGUCUAUAGGUUGAUUUUUUCUUUGCAUUUGUGUUAAUUUUGGGGCAAGUCGGUCUUGGUCAAAAGUGGUAGCAAGGUGGCGAAACUUGAAAGCACACUGGCCCCGACUAAGUAAGAGAAGCACACACUUUUUAUAUAUAUCGUAUUUAUAGCAAGCCCCGAAAAUCACGUCGUGCGACAUGGGAAGUAUUUAUUUACCACGUACCUGAGUAGCCAAUAUUUUAUCAACAACUUGUGUAUUAACCCUCUGUGUGCUGCGCGCGUAUCAUGCAUUACACUCACUUUCUAACUGUAGCCUUAGGAAAAGUAGCGCCGUAGCCGCGUAUUUCGCUAAAGUUAAGACCCCGUGCCAAACGACAACACACACACACACACACACACACAGUAUUUCUCCUCCACCCCAUCCAGUAGUCUGAAUGCAGUUCAGCCCGAUCUGAACACGCAGCCCUCGAUUAGCUGCUUGCGUAGAGCUCUCAGUCCCACGGUAGGCAGCCACCCAACCUGUUCUUAUCAUUAUUUAUAGUUUUUUGUAAUAAGUAUUAAGAAGUCUGCUUUCCCUGCCCCCGCAAAUGCAAUAAAUGGAGAGAUAAGUAAUUUCAUAGUAAAAUAAAACUAUAUAUUAAAGAGUUGGAAGUCAGCCGGUGCGAAAAUCGCGCACUUUGAGAGAUGAGUUGUAUUUUGAACAGAGGUCUAAAUCGGAAUGUAUAUUAAUUUAUAUUGUACAGGCACUCAAAGUGCGUUCAAGCGGAUAGAGAAUCUCCCAAAUGUGCAGUAUUUCAUUUGAUGUUGAGCAACAUUCGUAUUGUGAACGCCUUUUGUACUCGAUUAUUUACCUGUAAGGAGAAUUUAAAAUAAAUAAAAACACAACGUGUGUCAGUUCCUAUACAAAUA